AUGCGUUUCUCUAGUCUCACUUUCAUCCUCCUGGCCGCUGGUGCCUCGCUCGGUUUCGCUGCGCCUCUCGAUAAGAGCAGCGCGAAGACCGCUGUCACCGAUACCACUGAUGCCACUGAUGCCACUGGUGCCACUGAUGUCACUGAUGUCACUGAUGCCACUAAAUGGACUUGUGACAACGGAUGGGAAGUUUGCGGAAAGUGCAAUGGCACCUCGUGCAAGGUCGCAGGCAUUAACACUGUGGCGGCCCUAAGGGCGGAGAUGGCAAGCACUGCGGUUGGGGCAAGGAUGGCGUAA